UGAAGAUAAGGCUCAAAUAAUGUGCUGUAUAGGGACAUCAGCCCUCACGUAGGGUCACACAUAAACCCAGUUAAGGAUCUACAAGCCACGCCAUGCUGUUAUAUGUCACGUUGUUAACCAUACUUUUGGGUCUGACAGAGGCCACCGUAUGUAAAGUGAAAAGUGAUUGCGCGGUCACUGAGUGCUGCUACAUCCGGCCGCAGUUCCUCGUGGCCAGCAAGAGACAGUUGGGACUUCCGCUAAUGCCACUGCAGACGCACGACACCGGCGUUUGCGAGAGUUACAAGAACCCCGGUGAUCCUUGCGAUCCUCUGGAGACCAUGAACGGCCACUGCGGCUGCGCCUCCGGUUACUCGUGUCAGUGGGUGCCCGCGCCCAGCACGGCAGCGCCAGUUGGCCGGCGCUCCAUGAUCUACCACCCCGGACCCGGCUCUUACCAAUGUGCCGCCCAUCCUUGAACGCGCCGGGGCAUCCAUACUCAUAAAGAAAUAAACGCCUUCCAUGAA